AUGUCCCAACAGCAAACCAAAACCAAAACAGCAAACCAAAACCAGCAAACCAAAACGAAAACUAGCAGUAGCAAUGGGAUACUAAUCAUAAUAUGGUUACCAUAUGCAAAAGGAAAAGAAAAACCAGCCAAUUCUGCCGACAGAUUCCUGGGCCUCUACAAUCUCACCACCAGCAACUCCGCGAGGAACCAGAUCCUCCAUGUCGAAUUCGACACUUUCCCCAACCCAGAGUGGGAUCCUCCGUUCCAGCACGUCGGGAUCAACAACAACUCCGUCGCCAAUUCCACCUUAUGGAACGCCACCCUUCACGCCGGAGACACCGCCGACGUCCGGAACGCUUACAACUCCACCACUACUCACAUCAGCUUGCGUCGUCGACUCGUCGGGGAGGCGGGAGGGAGAUGGCGGAGACUGGCGUCGGGGAGGCGGGAGGGAGAUGGCGGCGUCGGCGGCAAGGAGAGAGUGAGGGCAGGAGGCGGCGGCGGCAGGGGAGAGUGA